AUGGACAAAUGCUUCCUGCAUGACAUUGCAAAUUCACAAUACAUGGCAGUCGAGCACGACCGAGAAGGCGGCGGCCCGAUCAAGCUGAAGAUAGAGGAGGCGAGCAUAGACGGGUUCCUGGCGUCCAUGGAACGCGGCCACUGGAAGUUCAUGGCGCCCUGCACGUUCCACAGCUCAGGGACUAGCCAGCAGCCAAAGCCGGGCAAGAAGAAGGCGCCUCGGUUCAUGCUCGUCGUCUUCUGCAUCCCGGUGGGUCCUCUGGGCGUUCCCGAGGAACUUCGGGGUGUGGCUGGACAUGGUCGUGCCACGUUUGCCGCGAUGGGCCUCGAGAACUGGCAGAGCAGGUGCUACGUGCCGGCGUCGUCGGACGCCAUGGUCGUCGCCUUCAGGAGCUGGUUCAGGAAGCACAGCAAGAACCAGGUCGGCUGGGCGACCCCACAGCCCGGCCGGCUGCCGCCGACGGCCACCAAGGACAGGCUCAUGGAGAGGUACUGGUCGCACGUGGCGCAGUGCGCGAGCUGCGGCGCGGCGCUCAGGGCCAUGAGGGCGGCCGAGGCCGCCUUGCAGGUCGCGUCGGUCGCCGCCGUCGGCUUCCUCGCCGUGGCCAGGGAGUCGGCGCUGCUCACGUCGUCGCCUGCCAGGAGAGCCGUGCUCGUGUCCGCCGCCGUGCUGUGCUUCGCCGCGUCGCGCUGGCUCGCAAGCUUCAUCCAGAGGAACUUCUUCCAGGAUUACUCGCAUGCUUACAAGUGA